GCGUACCAGCCCUGAGGAAAGCCUUUCCGAGUCUCUGCUCUGGCUCCACUGUCGCUGGCUGCAAGGGUGUGCAGCUGCUUCCAGUAUUGACAGCCUUUGACAGCCUGGUGAGCAGUUUCAACUUUGUGCAUGGCACCCUUGGCCUGCGGCUUUCUGUUCAGGAGCUCUUGUCCGCACGGGUCAAGGGCCUCGCUCACGCUCACCUGAAGACUAAGGAAGACGUUGACCAAGCUCCUGCUCUCACUGUGGCUCAACUAAGGUGGUUGGAGUUCUACGCUGCUUCCGCUGACGACCUCUACGAGAAGUUGGUGGCCUGUACGCUGUGCUUCAUGGUCUACGCGCGAGCCCGUCGCAGUGACUUGGCGAGGGCAACACACAUUGACUUUGACCUGACUCUUGAUGGCCUCGAUGGCUUCGUGGAGUGCCGUGUCAAAAACCCGAAGCAAGCCAAAGCAGCCAGUCGUCGCAACCUCUUCUUGCCCCUGACGGCGCUGUUCACUGGCUUGUCAACGGUGCCCUGGGGUGCCACCUUUUUGGCUGUACGCCAAGCCAACGGUCUGUCGACGUCUGGUGCGCUGGACCACCCGAGCAUCCUGGCCAAGGCCCCUGAUGCCGACCUUAGCCUGAUCGCUAAGGUCCGUUCCCACAGCUGCAAGGCGACGCUGAUGAGUUGGGGUGGCAAGGCAGGUCUGAGUGACAAGACGCUGAACUUCCUGGGGUACCACAGUCAUGGCGCGAACAUGGCCAAUGUCGGGUACAGGCGGGAUGCCCUAGCUGGGCCUCUUCGUGAACUGUGUGGAGUUGUUGGCUCUGUUAAAGCUGGAAAGUUCGCACCUGACGAGACACGCAGUGGACGCUGGCGUGAGCCUGCCAGCCCUGUCUCGUCUGCGUCUGUGGUGACUUCUCCGCCGAGUAGCGCGGAAAAGAAGGAGGCUGACCUCCCUGUCGUCGACACCAGUAGUUCCAGUGACUCUUCUGCGCUUGAGGCUGCCAGUGACGGCGAGGACGAGCAGCUUGUCUCCUCUGCCCCUCACUUUCUGGAGAACCUGUUGGUGGUUGGGGGCUUCGCCAUCGCGGCGAACAAGCACAAUGGUCUUCUUCACGUUGUUCGGCAAGAGUCUGGGCGUCUUCUGUGCGGAAGACUUCUGACUGCUGGCUUUUCUGUUUCCAGUUCUGUGGAUGCUGAUGCCAAGAAGUUUUGGCCAGCCUCUGACUGCGAGGCGCAUCUGGUCCUGGCGAAGGCCAAGGAGGAGGGUGUUCAGAUUGUGGCAGUUCUAACCACACAUCAUCACUAUGAUCAUGCAGGUGGGAACGAGGAGAUGGCCAAGCAGGUGCCGGGCAUCAGGAUCUAUGGCGGGCGCAUUGACAAUGUUGCUGCCUGCACCGAUCCGCUGGAGCAUUGCGACAAGUUCAACAUCGGAGCGAUUGAGGUCUGUGCUCUGCACACGCCUGGACACACACGUGGCUCAAUAUGCUACCACUGUUUUGAAGCCGCAGCUCCGCAGGGCUUGGUCUUCACUGGAGACACCUUGUUCGUGGCUGGCUGUGGUCGAAUGUUCGAGAGCACGCCGGAGGAGUUUCACAACUCCCUGGUGAAGGUGCUGGGAGCGCUCCCUGCAGAAACUCUCGUCUAUGUCGGACAUGAUUACACGGUCAAGAACCUGCAGUUCGCUGUCGCGGUGGAGACUGCAAACAAGAACUUGGAGCAGAUGCUCGCGUGGGCCAAGGAGCAGAAGGUUCAGCGCAAGUACACUGUGCCAUCCACGAUGCGCAACGAAUGGCUGAUCAAUCCAUUCCUGCGGUCAGCGGAUGACUCCAUGAGGAGCAUCUGUCCUGGUUGCAGCCCGGUAGAGGUUUUUGCGAAGCUCCGGAAGCAAAAGGACAACUUUUGA